UCAACUGACAUUGACAACGAAGUAUAAACUAGUGUUGUGGUGUAGUAGGCCUAAUACUAAUAGUUUUACAAUUACUAAUGCAGAAACAGUAUCACAAAUGUCAAGCUGGGCACUCUUUUUACCGCAUGGACGACUGAAGGUAAAAACAACAGCAGAGCAACAAGCAGAAAAAGAGAAAGAAAGACAAAAGAAACUUCAACUUUUUAAGGCUGGCACCCAGAAAAUAUUUGAGAAGAGAAAAAUAAAAGAAUAUGAUGAUGAAGGGCUAUCAAUUUCUGGACAGAUUUUACAAGCAAAUCCAGAUUUCUAUACAUGUUGGAACAUACGAAGAGAAAUUUUAACCCAGUUAAAAGAUGAAAGGACUGAAGAAGAGUUUCAACAGCUGUCUCAAGAAGAAUUGUAUCUUAUAGAAAACUGUCUUCGCAAAAAUCCUAAAUCUUAUGGAGCAUGGAACCAACGUGAAUGGAUACUCAUGUUCAUGCCAACUCCUGAUUGGGAAAGGGAGCUUCAGCUGUGCAAUCGGUUCUUAGAUUUAGAUGAAAGAAACUUUCAUUGUUGGGAUUAUCGAAGAUUUGUUUGCAAACAUUCCAAUGUUGGACCAGAUGAAGAAUUGAAGUUCACUUUGAAAAAAGUUGAAGCAAAUUUCUCAAAUUAUUCUGCAUGGCAUUACCGUAGCUCUCUUUUGCCUAUAGUGCAUCCUAGUUGUGAAAGAAACUCUGUAGCUGAAGCGAUAUUGCUUAAAGAAUAUGAUUUAGUUCAGAAUGCAGUUUUUACUGAUCCUUCUGAUCAAAGUGCAUGGUUUUACCACCGUUGGCUUCUUGGAAGAGGUAACUGUUUUAUCUUUAAAUUGUUUGAUCUAGAUUAUUUUGUUGUAGUUUGUGUUAUGAAG